CUCCUGUCGCGCAUGCGCACCGCUCGGAGCCCGGGAUGGGCGACUCGGAGGACGAGUUCCGGCAGCAGCAGCGAUGGCGGCAGGCGGGAGAGGGGGAAGCAAAGCGGAAGCGCGGCGGCUCUUCCCGGGAGGCUUCCUCCAAGCGGCGCCGGAGGGCGAAAAGCAAAGAGGAAGAGGCGGACCUGCAGCUGGCGCUGGCCCUCUCCCGCUCCCUCCACCCGGAAGAGGAGGAAUCCCGGAAGCAGCGCCCUCUGGAGGCGGAGGCGAGGAAGCGCAGGAAGAAGGGCACUUCCGGAGCAGGGAGGGGCCGCUGCCGGAAGCCCCCCCGCUCUCCGCCUCCACUGCUGCUGCCGCAGGACCCAGCCAAGACCCGCCAGGAGACGGAGGCCCGUGUGGCUUCACUGCUGCUGCGGCCUGAGGCGGCACCGCCUCCCCGCACCCCUCCGCUGCCAUCCAGCCGCCUCUGGGAGGCCCAGCAGUCUGGGGAAGGGGCCCUGUGGCCCCUGGGAGCCUGGUGGGGACUCAGCGCCUUGGCGGGAGACUCCCUCCCGGAACAGAACUGCUGUGCCACAGGCCCCCUUCUCCAGGUGUCAUUGUUAACAGAUCAGGGGUCUGAGCCAGAGCCUCCAAGGAGGAAUUGCCUUUCACCAGAACCCAAGCCUCCCCAGGUCUGCGAUCCAAGUCAGGAAGUGGCUGGCAGCCACGAGGGGGCCCUGCGGGUCCUGGAGGACCUGGCCGGAGAGGGCUUGACCCUCACCCAGUGGGGCCUGGAUGCUCAACGGGGGCCAGGGCAAGAACAAGAGGCACCAGGUGACGCCUCUCAGGAGACGCCCAUCCACUUACAAGAAGAAGAGGAGAAGCUCAACUCAUUAGCCGCUGCCUUUGGGGCCAUGGUCAACAAUCCCCACCUGAGUGACGUGCAGUUCCAGGUGGACAGUGGGGAGGUCAUCUAUGCCCACCUGUUUGUGCUCUAUGCCCGGUGCCCACAGCUCUUGGAACUUGUGGGCCGCACGGGGUUUGUGGUGGCUGAAGAUGGAGGUGCGGAGACACGUCGCCUGCUGUUGAGUGACGUUUCGGCCGAGGCGGUGGCCACUUUUUUGCGGUUUCUCUACGCAGCUGACCCCUGGGUCCCUCUCCACCUGCAGGCCCCUGUGGGAGCCCUGGCUGCCAGGUUCGGAGUGCAGGAUUUGGUCGCUCUGUGCAGACGCUGCCACAGCUCCCGAGUGGCUGGAGGAGAAGGAGGCAGCCUUGGGAAUCCUGGAGGCGGUGAUGAUGGAGAUGAUGAUGGUGGUAAAGAGGAGGACAGGGCUGAGACCUUUGAGGGGCUCCUGGAGUCAAUGUGGCUGGAAGAGGAGGAGGAAGAAGAGGCAUAUCCGAACUUGGCAGCCCAAGAGGGGAGCAGCAGCAAAACCAUGGGAGAAGAAGAACUGGAAGAGAUCUACCAGUUUGCUGCCACCCAACGCGCCUCUUCUGCCCGAGGCGGAAGGAAUGAGGGGCAGGGGGAGGAAGAAGCCCUGGGCGAGGGCCACCCGAUCCCAGGGGGAAGGUGGCCAGGCCACUCUCUCGGUUGCCCUCCCACCAAAGAGGGACCGGAUCCCCCCACUCUGCCUCACCAGCCAACACAGAAGACGCCUGUUACAGACACUCCCUUGGGGCUAGAUAGACCGCAGAGGGAGUCUUUCACGGCACUCAGCAACUGCCUGCUUCGUGGACCUGUUCCAUCUCCGUCUGCCUCCGUGCCAGGCCCAACUGGAAGGAGAUCGCUCUCCUCCUCUCCCUCUUCCUCUCAUAAGACGCCCCACAGCCAUGAGGAGAAAGCCCUCUUUGGUGCAAGGCCUCUGUCUGGGAAUCUGGACCCUAUUGUGGUGCUAGAUUCAGAUGAAGAGCCGGAGUGUGGGGCUUCUCUGGAUAGAGGCAUUCCCGGGCCAGACUUGGUGGUCUUGGGGCUCCUUGGCCCCCCAAGCGAGAGCCAAGAGCGGCUGCAGCUGAGCACCAGUGACGAGGACAGCGACAGAGGCAGGAGGCUGCUGGUGCCGGACACCCCUCUGCCCAGGAAGCCCAGCCAGGCCGGAGAUCCUGAUGUCGGUGCCAGCCCUGGGCCGAAGAGCCCAGGGACCAGUGUGGGUCCCUUAUCGCUAGGGACACCAUCUCCAAAGGUCCAGUCUCCCACUUCCUCCAGGUCUCUGCCCUUGUCUCCCCCUUUGCCUGGCAGCCCUCCUUGCCCUUGGGACGAAGUGGUGGUUGUGGAUGACAGCGAGGAGGAUGAAGAUGGCGGCAGCCCUUUUGCCGGCACAGGAGGAUCAGCAGCUGGAGGAGGCGGGGAACGAGGCUGGGGCUAUGGGGCCAGAGAGGACUCUGACAGUGGUGACCCCAUCCCUCUCACCCAGAGAUCCCCGUCACCAUCGACCCCGGAUGCCUUUCAGUGUGAGGAGAGGGUGCCGCUGCUGCCACCCCAGACCCCAGUCACCCCGAUGCCUUCCUACUCAGCCAUGGCGACCCCAGAGCUGAAAACGGAGUUGAAGAGGUUUGGGGUCCGGGCCCUUCCAAAGCGCCAGAUGGUCCUUAAGCUGAAGGAGAUCUUCCAGUUCACGCACCCAGAGAGGAGGAAGGGGAGCGCCACCUCCCCAUUGGCCCCACGGCACUGUCCGGCUGGGGCCAUACAGGAGAGCCAGAAGUCAGCCCUGCCUGGCUUGCAAAAGGUGCUACCCAUGGCUCCUGCCCUUGGAAGUGAUGACGUGGGCCGUCCCUCCUCUCCCCCGGCUUCCCAGGCGUCCACCGGAUCCUCUGUGGCCACCUCCCACAGUUCUUCUUCAGCCGAGUUCGAGACCAGUUGGCUGGAAGAGGAGGAGGCGGAAGCACCGGCAGCGUUGAUGCCGGCCUCUCAAGUUCUCGCCCGCGAGGAGUCCAAUCUGGAGGCCUUCCGGCGCCACAUCCGCUCCUCGCCGGCCCUCUGCCGCCGGAUCCUGCUCUACCAACCCAUCGAGCUGGCCGCGUUGCAUGCGGAGCUGAAACAGAGCGGGGUCAGGAUCGCAGCAGGGAAGCUGCUGGACCUCCUGGACGCCCACGGCAUCACCUUCACUACAGCCGAGGCGAGGAGGGAGUGCCGUGGGAGGAGACGGCUGGCGGGGAAGCAGCGGAAGCGUAGGUGAUCAGCUUCGUAGGAUGCCCGGGACUCCUAUAUUACUCGAUAUUACUAUUUAUUAAAAUGAUCUAUACGCCAA